AUGUCACAUACACCAAAAAAUAGUGGAGGAACAACUCCAACUCAAUCGACAGCAGUACUUUCCACAGACUAUACGAAUACCAAGAGAAAAGCAUCGCUUUCGAAACGAUUCAGAAUAAACAAUGAACAAGACAGACAGACAUUGAAAGAGAGAAACAUUCAGGCACAUCUUGAACAACUAGAGAAUGACAAUGAGAUGCCACAAGAUCAAGACGAUGACGAUGACUAUCAAGACGAUGACGACGAUCUCAUCUACAAUACACCAAAGAACAAAAGAAAAAUAAAUCGUGAAAGAGAGAAAAAGAAAUCGGAAUCGAGGAUACUACAAUUUCAAUCUGUAUUAGAAAAAGCUUAUUUAGAAACAUAUCCAUCACAUAUUCCAACAUAUUUAACAUCACAGUCAUCACCAUCCAUCUAUCCAGCCAGAAGUUUUUGCUCAGUUUGUGGUGGAAUAAGUUCAUACUCUUGCAAACAGUGUACAGACAGAUAUUGUAGUCCUGCUUGUUUUAAAUUACAUAAUGAUAAUCGUUGUAAAAAAGGAUUGUAUUAA